UCUCAUUUGUGUUUGUAUCGAUAAAUAUAGGGGGCCUUGAUUGAGUUAUGUUCGUUUGGUUUCGUUUUGAUUGAAGAAACCCCUUCUUUCGCUCCACAUUUCUUCGCUCUCAACCGUUCGACUCGUUCGAUGCCACCGAGUUGACUCAGAUCCCUAAGUAAAAUUUUCUGUUGGAAUCCUCCGUGCUGAGUGCCUAUAUAAUAUGGAUCAAGAAGACAACAAGAUGGGCACUGUGAAUCCUCCUGAAAUGUCUUCUAAUCCUCUGUCAUUAGGAAAAGAUGAGACAAUGGGCACUGAGAAUCCUCUGUCAUCAGGAAAAGAUGAUGUGGUGGGUACCGAGAAUCCUCCAGAAGUGUCUUCUAAUUCUCUUUCAUCUGCAAAAGAUGGUAUGGUGGAUGCUGCAAAUCCUACUAAAGUGUCUUCUAAUCAUACGCCUUCAGUAAAAGACAAUAUGAUGGGCACUGAGAAUCAUCCAUCAUCAGGAAAAGAUGGUGAGAUGUGUGCUGAGAAUCCUCCUGAAGUGUCUUCCAAUUCACCAUCAUCAGGAAAAGAUAGUUUUAUGAGCUCUGUGAAUCCCACUGAAGUGUUUUCUAACCCUCCAUCAUCAGGAAAAGAUGAUAUGAUGAGCACUGAGAAUAUUCCUGAAGUGACUUCUGAUCAUCCUACUUCUGGAAAAGAUGACGGAAAGAAGGAAACUGAUCCUCCUGAAGGAUCUAGUAAACUAGAGUUGAGUGACAAGAAUACUCCACAAUCAUUGAAGGCAAAAUCUAAAAUUGUUAAGAAAUCUCAAGCUGUUAAACUUAAGGCGAAGAAGAACAAUGGUUCUAAACAAAUUUGUGGGAAAAUAAUUCUGAGUUCAAAAGAAGUGGUGUGCAAUGCUGAAAGUUGUCACAGUGCAGAUGAGAAACAAAUUUCAGACAAUAGUGAGCUGAAGAAAACUAAUGAUGAGCCACCUAAGGGGAAGAGUGAGGAGGCUGAAAAUAAAAUGAAAGAAAGCCAAAAUAUGAGCACUGGUGACAAAAGUCCUAAUGAAGAGUCAGACGGUAACCAGCUGAAGGAUACUGAUCCUCCUGAAGGAUCAAGUAAACCAGAGCUGAGUGACAAGAAUACUCCACAAUCAUUGAAGGCAAAAUCUAAAAUUGUUAAGAAAUCUCAAGCUGUUAAACUUAAGGCCAAGAAAAACAAUGGUUCUCCACAAUUUCAUGGGAAAAAAAGAAUUGUGACUUCAAAAAAAGUGGUGGGCAAUGCUGAAAGUUGUGAUAAUGCAGAUGAGAAACAAAUUUCAGACAGCAGUGAGCUGAAGGAAACUAAUGAUGAACCACCUAAGGGGAAGAGUGAGGAGGCUGAAAAUAAAGUGAAAGAAGGCCAAAAUACAAGCAUUAGUGAGAAAAGUCCUAAGGAAGAGUCAGACGUUAGCCAGCUGAAGGAUACUGAUCCUCCUGAUGGAUCUAGUAAACUAGAGUUGAGUGACAAGAAUACUCCACAACCAUUGAAGGCAAAAUCUAUAAUUGUUAAGAAAUCUCAGGCUGGUAAACUUAAGGCUAAGAAGAACAAUGGUUCUCAACAGAUUCGUGGGAAAAGAAGAAUUAAGACUUCCAAAAAAGUAGACAAUGCUGAAAGUUGUCAUAAUGCCGAUGAGAAGCAAAUUUUAGACAAUAGCCAGUUGAAGGAAACUAAUGAUGAACUACCUAAGGGGAAGAGUCAGGAGGCUGAAAAUAAAGUGAAAGAAAGUCAAAACAGGAGCACUAGUGGCAAAAGUCCUAGGGAGAAGAGCCAGCAGGCUCAAAAGGAUAAGACUAGUCAGUUGGAUAAGGUUGAACAAAAACAAGAGAGUAAAGAGAAGCAUAGGGAGUUAAGCAAGGGUUCUAGCAGUAGAAAAAACAAAGGUAAGAGUAGUGGCAUGGAAAGGAGUCAAUUAAAAGGCGAGAAGGGUGAAAAAAUUGGUGGUUUCAUCUUUUUGUGCAAUGCAAAGACAAAGCCUGAUUGUUUCCGCUAUCAUGUCAUGGGUGUUUCAGCUGGUAAAAAGGAUGAUGUUUUACAAAUCAAACCUGGGCUUAAGCUUUUUCUUUAUGAUUUUGAUCUGAAGCUAUUGUAUGGCAUUUACAAGGCUUCAUCUUCUGGCGCCAUGAAGCUUGAACCCAAAGCUUUUGGUGGCAAAUUUCCUGCUCAGGUGCGGUUCAAAAUUGCUUCUGAUUGUUUCCCAUUACCCGAGAGCAUUUUCAAAAAAGCCAUCAAGGAUAAUUAUAAUGAAAAGCACAAGUUCAGAACAGAACUUACCGUUAGACAAGUUAGGAAGCUCACUCAACUUUUCCGACCAGUCGGAAUUCAUUCAGCUGUGCACCCUGUGCAUUCCCAACCAAAAGUAAUUAUUCGGGAAAGGGAGAUUCAUUCAGCUGUGCACCCUGUCCACUCCCAGCCAAAAGUAAUAAUUCGAGAAAGGGAAUCUUUGGACGGUAUUAGGGGAUCAUGGUCCCAUUUGCAGAGGGAAAGCUAUAAUGUGCGGUUUAUUGAUAGGGAUCAAUUUGGCCGGCAAGAGGAAAUUGCUAAUGAUCUGUUUCGAGUGGGAAUUCCUCAUGAUCUGUUUCGAAUGGAGGGCUACACACCAUCUCAUCUCCCAAGAGAUAGAAGGAAUUUAGCUAAUACUUCUCAUGUUAAUCCUUUAUUGGAAUUUUAUGAGGGAGACUAUCAACCCCAUCACCUGGACCGUGGCUACCCAAGAAAUGCCCCUGCUCAUGUAGAAAGUCUUCGAACUGAUCCUCUUUAUUUGGAUGACAGUAGGGAUCCUUAUCAUGCCUAUCGCCGUGGUGUUUCACCUAUGGAUGCAUAUUUUGCACCUUUAAGUAGGGAAGAAAUUUCUCCAAACUCUUAUUUGGUUGGGGGAAGACCUUUUGUUGGGACGGAUAACUUGCCAAAGAGAGAGGCUGUUCAAGAUAGGUGUUACCCAAUAUAUUCGGCUCCUGAUGCUUUGUCUGAUCAUCAUCGAAGGCGGCAAUAUCAUGGAGACAAGUUGGAAGCUUCAGGUGGGCCAGUUUCAUCUCGUUACUCUUUUGCUGGCCCUUCAUUUCACCGCCAAUAACUUAAUUUGCAUUUUUUGAAUUCCUUGACUUGUGUUCCUUAGUAUCUUUCAAAUUCUGGUGACUGAAAAAAAAACUGUGAGAAAUCCUACAUACUUGAGCCCUUCUGGAUUUGGAAAAUCAUUUCUGCCUGGUGAGAUUUCAAUAUGGUCAAUAUGAUGAUUGGUAGCUCUGGAACUUUAGAUGAGAAGGCUAGUUUGAUAUCAAUUGAUGAAUACUGGUUUGAAUAUGCGGUUGUGGUUAGUUACUGUAUGCUGCUUUAAUGGAUAGGAAGAUAGACAACCAUCGUUUCAGUUAGUGCAAACAACUCGUGUUGUUGUAUUUUGUAGGCUGGUAAUUUGGGAAAACCAUACAUGAACAAAUAAAUCCCUUACAAACUCAUGCAUGCAAUUGGAUAACUCCUGGUUUUACUGUAACUGUCUUACCUUGUAGACUGAAGGGCUUGUUACUGCUCCACAUUUUUUUUUCAUUUUUUAUUUGUCUAUAACUUAGUUAACUGUGAACUAAAUUGGGCCCCUCAGAUGAUUGUGAUAAAAUCUUUACUUUAUUCA